AUGAAUGGAAAGAAUGUUGAUGCGUUUGUAGUGUACACAGCAGUUUCCAGCCUCUUGACCUACGCCUCACUCAUCCUAAGCUUUGCCCGAACUAUACUCCAUCUUCCUGGCAUUACCCAACAGGCAUCAGGUCUGGCGUCAGGCCGUUUUCAAAUGAAUUACGACGUGACCCUUCCUGGAGUGUCUCAAUACGACCCCCAAAUACGAAUAUACAUGUAUAUUUGUGGCGAGGAGCUCCGAGAUGGAGCAGCGCGCAUGCCCGCCUAUACGUCCAUCGUUGCUGCUGCUUCUGCUGUUCAUCACGAUACCCGUAGCCGAGACAAGUAUUCGAUUGUGUGGCGUCCGAUUGACUCGAACUCUCAUGUCCAUAUGCCGAAAUCAACUAUGUGGUGGAUUCGCUCUGAGUAA